AUGGGAGAGGAGAAUCAAACCAUGGUGGCUGAAUUCAUAUUCACUGGAUUUUCCAAUCAGCUCAUAACAAGGAUAAUAUUAACUGGAUUCUUCUUUCUGGUCUACUUGGUAACCCUGCUGGGAAAUGGCCUCAUCAUCCUUCUCACCAUAUGUGAUCCUCACCUUCACACCCCCAUGUACUUCUUCCUCAACAAUUUGUCCCUUCUGGACAUCUGCUAUUCAUCGAGCAUCAUCCCACAAGCACUGGUAAAUUUCUCAGUUGAGAGACCAACCAUUUCCUUCGCCAGGUGUUUCUGUCAGAUGCUAAUCUCACUCUUUUUAGGAUCCACAGAGUGCUUCCUGCUGGCAGUCAUGGCUUAUGACCGCUAUGUUGCCAUCUCCAACCCACUGCGCUAUACAGUUAUAAUGAGCAAGACUCAUUGCAUCCACCUGGCACUGGCAUCCUGGACAGUCACAAUCCUGCUGACAGUUGUCCCUUUUUUUGUGAUGCCAUGGCAAUUCUGUGGAAAGAAUGAGCUUGACCAUUUCACAUGUGAAGUCCUUGCUGUGAUGAAGCUGGUUUGCUCAGACACCUUCAAAGACCAAAUCUUCAUGUUUGCCAGGUCAUUACUUACCCUCUUUGCUCCUUUCUUCUUCAUCCUGUUCUCUUACAUGCGCAUCAUCAUGACCGUCUUAAGGAUUCACUCAUUGGAUGGCAGGUCCAAGGCUUUCUCCACCUGUGGCUCCUACCUGACGGUGGUGACCAUAUUCUAUGGAACAGCCAUGUUCAUGUACCUCAAACCCCAGUCCAAGUCAUCACAAGAGCAGGACAAGAUAAUAACUGUGUUUUAUGGGAUCGUGACACCCAUGUUAAACCCUCUAAUCUACACACUGAGAAACCAGGAAGUGAAAGCGGCCCUGCGGAGAGUCACUGGGAGGAAAAGAAAUUCUUAG